GGCCCCCUCCCUCAUCAAAGUUUUUAGUAGGUUAUGUUGUGAUUCCAGUAAAACGUUCUGUGAGUAAAACCAGUUCUGCACACUGAUAGCAGCAAAUAUACUGAUAAUUUGUUUUAAUUCUCAAUUUAUCCCUGACUUCUUCCAACAUUUUAUCGUGGUGCUCUUGUGCUGGAAGUGUUUUCUCAUUUCAAUUGGCUCAAGCAAUCAAUUCCGAAGGGGCAUAUAAUAAGUUUCUUAGAAAUAUUCAACCCCCUUCAUUUUAAGGGUCAGCUUCUCUAAAUCACUUUAAAUCACAUCAUUCCACUUUGGUUCCAGAGGACUUCUACCAUACUAAAGCACCAUGAACAUCCGUUGCGCCAGACCAGAAGAUUUAAUGAAUAUGCAACACUGUAAUCUGCUUUGUUUACCUGAAAACUAUCAAAUGAAAUAUUAUUUUUACCAUGGUCUAUCUUGGCCACAACUCAGUUACGUGGCUGAAAAUGAACAAGGUCAAAUCGUGGGGUAUGUACUGGCCAAAAUGGAAGAAGAUUCAAACGACAACCCUCACGGUCAUAUAACAUCCUUAGCUGUGAAAAGAUCACAUCGGCGAUUAGGAUUAGCUCAGAAAUUAAUGGAUCAAGCAGCCAGAGCCAUGGUAGAAUGUUUUCACGCCAAAUACGUCUCUCUACACGUUCGUAAGAGCAACCGCGCUGCUCUCAACUUAUACUCCAACACUCUGAAAUUCUCUAUAUCUGAGGUGGAGCCCAAAUACUAUGCUGAUGGUGAAGAUGCCUAUGCAAUGAAAAGAGACCUUAAAAUCUUCCAACAAAGCUCUAGCUGUUCUGAAACGUCUAAAAACGCUAUCAAAUCAGGAGAUAAAUCUUGUGAAAAAGGAGACAAAUCAGGUGAUAAGUCUUCAGAGAAAUCGGACAAACCUCCUGGCAAGUCAGGUGACAAGUCCUCUGAAAAGUCUUCAGAUAAAGCCUCAGAAAAAUCUGUCGAUAAACUAUCUGAUAAAAUGACAGAUUUAUCUCUAGAAAAGUCUUCUGACAAAAGUUCUGAGAAAUCUGGAGAUAAGCUUGCCAAUGGUCAAUCCGGCAAACAUAACAAAACAAAGUAAGAGUUGAAUCAAUCAUUGAGACAUUGUGCUUGAACUCUCGAUGAUUUCCAGUCUCCUCUGACAUGAUUGGAAAAAUUCUUCAUCAGCUGUGUAUUUUUUAUUUGACCUUUUUGAGUUGUGAAAUUGUAUAAACUUCCUUUUUUGAAUGUGUAGCAUCUUGGAAAAAAAAAAAAAAAAUGAAAAUAAAUACAACCUUGAAACAUUC